UAUCAUUUGUCACCUUACACCCAAGCAUGCACUCAUACAACGGAGGAGGAUUUUGCAGACAAAACCCCCCCCCAAUUCAUCAGAGGUCCACCCAUGGCGUCCAUAAAAGAAGAGGGCAAGACGCUUCUGUGUGCAGCCUUCGACUCUCCUGAAGAGCGAAUCUGUUCAGAUCCUUGGACCGAAAGAGAAGAUAAGUUUGGGUGAUUUCAUCAUGGUUUCCUUCGUCAAUCUCAUCCUCGUCCUCUCUCUGACUUCAAGUGCUGUCUUCUGCCUUCCUUCGGGUGAGAGAAACAGCACAUCAGGGGAGGAUGAUGAAAACGAAAUUGAUAGCUACGAGGAGGAGACUGAGGCAACCCAGGGGGCCACGGAAUACAUCGAGGCUGCAAACGCCGGACUGGCGCGUCUGAGGAGCGGACCACGUAUCACACAUGGAGACAUCGCCCAGACGACCGGCCUGACGUCCACUCGGAACGCCUCUCCCUGCACGGCCAAAGGCUGCACCUGGCCAAAGAGCUCCAGAGGCUAUGUCUACGUGCCUAUUCAAAUCUCCAGAAGAUACAGCAGUGAGGAGCGAACUGUGCUCAUUCAGAGCCUGGUGGAGUUCCAUUCAGUCUCCUGUAUUCGCUUCGUCUGGAGGCGGAGGCAUCGGGACUAUCUCAGCAUCUAUCCUUCCAGUGGGUGCUGGUCCUAUAUAGGUCGCCAGGGAAGACGUCAAAUGAUCUCCAUCCAGCAGCGCGGGUGUGUUUACCCCAAAGUGAUCCAGCAUGAGAUCCUGCACGCCCUGGGCUUCCACCACGAGCAAGCGCGCUCCGACAGAGACGACCACGUCCAAAUCCAGACCAAGAACGUUAACCCAGAAAACCUGCACAACUUCGAUAAGGUGGACACCAACAACCUGGGCACUCCGUACGACUACAACUCCAUCAUGCACUACGGCAGAUACGCGUUCUCCAAGCAGUACAGAGUGCUGCCCACCAUCGUCCCCAUCCCCGUCACCACGGCAGUCAUCGGACAAGCCACCGAGAUGAGUGGCAACGACAUCGAACGGCUGAAUAAACUCUACCAGUGCAGACACAACAGCUGUGCUCAUCUGCUUCUGUCUUCUUUUGAUUUCAGCAAAUCUGUUCAGAUCCUUGGACCAAAAGAAAAGAUAAGAUCGAGGGAUUUCAUCAUGACUUCCUUCGCAACUCUCAUCCUCGUCCUCUCUCUGACUUCAAGUGCUGUCUUCUCCCAUGCUUCGGGUGAAAGAAACAGCACAACAGGGGAGGACGAUGACAACGAACUGGAUAGCUCAGAGCGCGAGACUGAGGCCCCACAGGGUGCCUCCGACCUCAUCGAGGCUGCGAACACCGGACUGGAGCGCUUGAGGAGCGGGCCGCGGAUCCAAUUCGGAGACAUCGCCCAGACGUCUACGUCCACUCGGAACGCAUCUCCCUGCACGGCCAGGGGCUGCACCUGGCCAAGGAGCCGCAGAGGCUAUGUCUAUGUGCCUAUUUACAUCUCCCCAAGAUACAGCAGGGCCGAGCGAAAUGUCAUCAUUCGGAGCCUGGUGGAGUUUCACCGAGUCUCCUGUAUUCGCUUCGUCUGGAGGCGGAGGCAGCGGGACUAUCUCUACUUCUAUCCUUUCACCGGGUGCUGGUCCUAUAUAGGCCGCCAGCGAGGACGUCAACUUAUCUCCCUCCAGCAGCGCGGGUGUGUUUACUCCCGCAUCGUCCAGCAUGAGAUGCUGCACGCCCUGGGCUUCCACCACGAGCAGUCGCGCUCCGACAGAGACAAACACGUCAGAAUCCAGACCAACAACGUUCUUCCAGGAAAACUGAGCAACUUCAAUAAGGUGAACACCAACAACCUGGGCACUCCGUAUGACUACAGCUCCAUCAUGCACUACAGCAGAUUUGCGUUCUCCAAGCAGAGAGGAGUUCUGCCCACCAUCGUCCCCAUCCCUGACUCCACGGCAGUCAUCGGACAAGGCACCAAGAUGAGUGGCAACGACAUCAAACGACUGAAUAAACUCUACCGGUGCCGUGGCUACUGAGCUGAAGACAGGAUUCAAUGCUCUGAUGGACGACGCAUUCGCUGACACCCUCUCCUUUACGUUUAAAAUUGAAUGGGAACACUUUGGUCUUUCCUCCCUUCUGUUAUUCCCUUUACUAAAUCCAGCGCAUAUCCCACGCAGCUAUACCUAAUUGUCCUUGGAAGACUUCAAUCUUGUAUUUUUUUGACAGGAAAUGAUUUGUUUUUCUGGCCUUUCUAUGACAAACUGUUUUUUAAUGGGCUUGCUUAGUUUGUAAUGACUUCUUAGGGAUGACCUUGAG